CUCCACACACUCUCAGGCGACGUCACACUGUUUACUGCUUCUUUGGUGCCAGUCAUGGCUGCAGAGGCAAAGCAGGCUGGUUAUGAGGGCCGUUACGUCCAAGGCUUUCAGUUCUACCUGAAACACUCAGGGGAGCACGAGGCCAUCCUGCGGUUCGCUGACAGAGUCCUGCCAGCCGAGUUCGAAAGGAUUGGAACUGGUAAAAGCAGCCUGGAUGUUCUUGGAGUCGGGAGCGGCGGAGGGGAGGUGGACACCCACAUACUCUCCCUCCUGCAGUCUAAAUUCGCCGCCGUUCCCCUCACGGCUGAUGCAAUCGAACCGAGCCGGGAGCUCACAGAACAGUUCAAAGCACUGGUGGCGAAAGAUCCCAAUCUCCAGAAGAUCCCAGUUGUGUGGCACACCAUGACAACUGGGGAAUAUGAGAAGCAAGUCAGAGAGAAGGGAGACAUGAAAAAAUUUGAUUUCAUGCACAUGAUUCAGAUGCUGUAUUAUGUGAGCGAUCACGCUGCAACCAUCAAGUUCUUCCACAGCCUUCUGAAAAACCAGGGCAAGCUUAUGAUCAUCCACGAAGCCGCUAACAGUGGCUGGGACAUCCUGUGGAAGACUUACAGGAAGGAGCUCUGCACCAAAUCCAUCCCCGACUACAACUCAGCAGGAGACAUCAAAGCGCACCUGAACAGCCUGGGCCUCAGGUAUGAGGAGCACGUCAUCCCCAACACCUUCGACAUCACUGAGUGUUUCAUCCUGGGCAGCGAGCUGGGCGAACUUUUGCUGGAUUUCAUGACGGAGCAGGAUCACUUUCACCGCUCCCUCACCCCGGAGCUCAGAGCCGGCAUCUUGGACCUGCUCAGGAACAAGUGCAGCUCCGAGAAGGACGGCAAGGUGCUGUUCGACUGCAGUUUGACCUGCCUGAUGGUCUCCGCCUGAUUCGGUCCCUCAGUUUUGGGACAAGAGUAUUUUACCCUGUAGCUGAGGCUCACAUUUUGAAUAUUACACAUUAAUGCCUUUGCUAUGCACAGCUUUUCUGUCUUUCUAGCCUGCACUUAUUCAACACAGCCAACACAUAAAGCAUUCCUACAAAGAUAUUUCACAUCUACUGAAACUUUAUCUUUGUUUAAAAAAAUAGUUAUAUGCAAAUUAAAAGAUUGCCACACAAAAUGUAAAGCAAUAAAGUGUGUCUUGAAUGGGCUUCAUGGGUCCCAGGCUGUGCUUUGCCCUCAUCACAAACACAACGUAAACCGUUUUUCCAUGCACAGUCGUAUCAUGUGGUUAAUAAAGUGAUAAUCCACAAUGUUUUCAUGUACAGAAAUAUAGCUGAAAUAAAGCUG